AUGCUUAUUCGUCCUCGCCGAUGGCAACAAAUUGCAAAUACAAAAACAAAGCGUUCCACAGUCAUUUCUGUACUUCGAUGGACACUUCUUCGCCAUGCAACUCAAUCUAUCAACCAGAUUGACGACGAAGACACGAAGAAACAUGUUCUUCAUGAAGAAAUGUCUUGGUUAAAUCAAUACUGGGGUCAACCUAUUCCAAAGUCUGAUAUCAGACCCAAAUACUGGCAACGCCUUUUUCUUGCCAAGUCACUUCAAACUCGAAGAGAUUAUUACGAGUAUCUGUCGGAUGAAGAGGCACGAAAAGAACGUCAUCAACUGGUGAUGGAAAAAAGAAAAGAAUAUAUCGACACAGUGUCAGAUCCUACUCGAGAAGAAUCUCUUCAUCGAACAACAAUACAUGCUUUGUUAGCAACAAAAUACAAUCCAAAACGUUGGCUUGAUCUGUAUGCAUUGGCAAGAGCUGCUCGACUAGGUGACUUUUUUGUUGUCGAUGGUGGUUUCGAGUAUGCACAUGCAAGGCAUUCAUACUUCUCUGCACUUGUUCAUCGAGUAUUUCGUUGUUUCAAACAUAUUCAUCGUUUUCACUCACCAGCCUAUAUCAUCAUCAGUGAUCUAUCUGAUAAUUUCCAAACGUCUCGUCAUCCGCUACCUCACGAACACUCAACUUAUUUUCACUCGACAAGAGAUCAGUAUAUUGAUCUGUUUGACAAAGAUCGAUUGGUUUACUUAACACCUGAUUCGCCCAACGAAAUGACUCAUUUUGAUCAUGAUGCUGUUUACAUCGUUGGUGGUAUCUAUGAUGAUGAAAACAAGGAACCAUUGACAUAUCAGAAAGCUGUUCGACAAAACAUUCGUCAUGCAAAACUGCCGCUGGACAAGUAUUUGACAUUUCAUUCGUCAUCGAGCAAAGCAUUGGCAUUUCAUGAAGUGUAUAACAUCUUGUUAACGUUAAAACAUACAAAUAACAAUUGGAUCAAAGCGUUCCGAUAUGUGCCCAAACGAAAGAUCGCUACACAUACAUCGACAUUUUUAUUCUCGGUAACAUGUGCAUACAAAUUUAAACGAUUUUGUAACAAGAAACCCCAGGUCAACAAAUCCGAUCGAGUUCCUGUAGGAUCCGUUAAAAUCCUAUAUUGGAUCCGACACUACCAUCGAGAAGACAUAAAUCGUGAUCAAGCAAAGAAGAUUAAUGAUCUGGAAAACAAAAUUGCUUACUUAGGAAACAGUUAUCAAAACUACUGGAAAUUUACCGCCAGUUGUUUGAGUAUCGCUGUUUCCCCAUUGGGUAAACCUGUGCGGAAGUCGAAUAUCAAAACUAAAUACUUGCAACGUCUUUUUAUUGUCAAAUCACUUGCCAUUCGAAGAGAUUAUUACGAGUAUCUAUCUGACGAAGGGCAACGAUAA